AUGGCUAAAUGUUCUUCUGGGAUACCUACUGACGGAGAGAUGGCUUUUGAAAAUGCUUCUAAGCGCUCUCCUCAGUGGCUUUUGGAUGGCCCUGAGGCUAAUCUACCUCCAAACAAGAAACACUCGCCGGAGAUUCCUGCCAGCAACUUUUUUUCUGGAGUGUUGAGCUCGAAUGUCCCUGCUUGGGGAAACACUUUCUGUUUUCAGUCUGUUCCUGGUCAGUUUACUGAACGGUUAUUUGACACUGAAACUACCAGGGAAGUUAACACUGAGAAGGUUAUGUUAAGAAGGAAUGGGAUUGAGGAGACUUACAGUGAUCACUCGUUUGCUUUAUCAAUGUCUCACACACUUGCGGAUCCGCAGUCACUGUCAGCAGUUAGCCAUGGCUAUGGUGGGGUCAGAAAAGUGAAAGUUAGUCAGGUGAAGGAUUCUGACAGUCUUGUUCCAUCUACAAAUGCGUAUAGAGUUGAUGAGAAUUCACUUGCGUUUGGUAAAGAAGAGGAAAAUUUUAUCUCUGAAAGUUAUGAGAAGGAGAAUGGCGUCUUUAUAUCAAUGGGCCAACCAUAUAGUAAUGAGAAAAACAGUUUUGGUUCUGAUCUUGGUUUUAACAAUGUUGACGAGAGUGGUGCAUCAAAAGAUAGCAUCUUUCAAAGAGAGAGAACCUCUGUAUGUGGUGAUGGUGUAUAUAACAGGAACAGUAACGUUGUGAAAGAGUCUUGUAGCAAGGGACAGAGUACAUUCAUAUCUUUUGGUGGUUCCAGUGAUGAUGCAAAUAACUCUGGAAGGAUCAUAUCCUUGAUGGCUCAAUCCACACCUCAGUUAUCUAAAACUCCAACUAGCAAAGAUUUGUUUGGAUCUAGAACCAACAACGGUGUUAACUUCUCUAGUAUUGAUGUUUCUGUGAAGAAAGAAGAAACAAAAGUAUCAAAGAAAGUUCAGAGCAAUAAUUUUCCUUCGAAUGUUAGGAGUUUGCUAUCUACUGGUAUGCUUGAUGGAGUUCCAGUAAAAUACAUUGCUUGGUCACGCGAGAAGGAGCUUCAUGGUGUUAUCAAGGGCUCUGGAUAUCUCUGUGGAUGCGUCUCAUGUAAUUCCACUAAGGUUGUCAAUGCAUAUGAAUUUGAACGCCACGCUGGUUGCAAGACUAAGCAUCCGAACAAUCAUAUAUACUUUGAGAACGGGAAAACAAUUUAUGGGAUAGUUCAAGAGCUCAGAAACACACCUCAGGAUAUGCUGUUUAGUGUUAUCCCAACAAUGACUGGCUCGACUAUCAACCAGAAAUCUUUCCGUUUGUGGAAAGAAUCCUUUUUAGCUGCUACACGGGAGCUUCAGCGUAUUUACGGGAAAAAAGGAGGAAAGCUACUCUGA